GCGUGUCUCCAUCAUGUCGCCCCAGUACCCCACCGUAGCAGGCUAUCAGCUCGUACAGAAAAUAGGCGGAGGCGGCUUCUCAACUGUCUUCCGCGCUGUCAACUUCGACGAGCACCGAGUGGCGGCAUGCAAAGUCAUAACUUUGACCGAGAAAACCACAGAAAAGGACCGCAAGACCAUAGAUAAGGAGAUGCGUGUGCACUCGGCGCUCAAGCACGAGAACGUCUUGGAGUUUAUAGACGCCGCUGUUGUUGAGCUCAAGCAUCGCAAUCACUACAUCCCCGGGAUCUAUAUGCUCCUCGAGCUCGCUGCUGGUGGCGAUCUCUUCGACAAGAUUGCCCCCGACGUCGGCGUCAGCGAUGAAGUCGCGCACUAUUACUUCCAGCAGAUGGUCUGCGGUGUGCAAUACCUACACCAGGAGGGCGUCUGCCACCGAGAUCUCAAGCCGGAGAACAUAUUGUUGGAUGCUGCAGGAACCCUGAAGAUAUCCGACUUUGGUCUGUCAGCGGUGUUCAAGCUGAAGGAUAGCGGCAAGACAAGAACACUAUCAGAGCGAUGCGGAAGUUUGCCGUAUGUUGCACCUGAGCUGAAUAGCCGGAGACCAUACCAGGCAGAACCCACAGAUGCCUGGGGCGUCGGCGUGAUCUUGUUCACUAUGCUUGUAGGCAACACGCCAUGGGACGAGCCAACAGAGAAAAGUCCCGAGUUCUCCAUGUACCUCACCGGCGAGAUCUUCGACGAAGAUCCAUGGAACCGUCUAGGGGAGAGCGCACUCUCACUCAUCCGCGGCCUCCUCGAAGUCGACCCCGCCGAACGGAUGACCCUCGACGAGGCAUGGGAACAUCCCUGGUGCAGGCGAACGAGUCAAUUGGCCAGCCAAGGCCCCCAAAUGCUAGCAGACAAGAUCACGCAGUCACUCCGCGACAACGGUGACAUGGACCUCGCGGCGCCGGAUUUCUCAAGGCAAGACGACAUGGACGUCGACAUGCCCUCCGCCUCGCACCAGUCCCAAUUCACGCAAUCGCUCAUGCUCUUCUCCCAAACCCAGUCCGGCGCGCGCUACACGCCCCACCUCACCCGCUUCUACGCCUCCAUCCCGCCCGCGCACCUCAUGCCGCUCAUCCAGCAGUGCCUCGCCGCGUCGAACGUCCAGUGCAAGGGCCCUAUCUCGGAAAACAGGGGCUCGGACAUCAAGAGCCCAGAAGGCGAGACGUUGCGCCUGCGUAUCGCCGGCUACGACAUGCGCAAGCAGGUGUUCAAGGGCUGGGUCGAUGUCGAGCCGUUCGUGUACCGCGGCGCGGAGGGCAGCUUAAGUUGAUAAUCAAUUUCAGGGUAACCCGAUUUCGUGGCGCCAGCUGUGGAAGCACCUUAUCAUGGACGGCAACG